CCGGUUCGAUCCCAUCACACAGCCGCACAACACUACGUUGAUAAAUAUACUCGAGACCCCGAGACGCUCAGUCGACGCACCUCGCGCCACCACGACAUACGAUGUUCUUCUACUUAUUCGUGACGCUUAUAGCCGUCACUUACUACAUCAUCACACGUAAAUAUGACUACUGGCAGAAAAAGAAAGUAGCACACAAGAAACCUACUUUCGUACUCGGCAACUAUGGAGACAUCAUUCUGCAGAAGAAAAACUUUGGGAUUGUUCUUCAAGAUCUUUGCAAUGAAUUCCCUGAAGAGAAAUUUAUUGGAGCAUUCCAAGGAACCGAACCUGUACUGAUCCCAAAAGAUCCUGAAAUCAUCAAACUGAUCGUGACAAAAGAUUUCGCCUAUUUCAGCGGAAGAGACUUGUCUGAGCACAACCACAAGGACCCCGCCGCCUUGAACCUGUUCGCCACUUACGGAGACAAAUGGAAGGUGUUGCGACAGAACUUGACACCAUUGUUCUCAUCUGCUAAGAUGAAGAACAUGUUCCAACUUAUUGCAAACUGUUCACAUGUUUUUGAGAAAAUGUUGGAUCGUGAAACAAAAAUAUCACAGGAGCAAGAAGUUAGAAUGCUAACAUCGAAAUAUACUAUGGAAUGUAUAGGAACAUGUGCUUUUGGAGUAGAUACGAAAACUAUGACAGAGGAUAAAUCCGAAAAUCCCUUCAUUAAAAUUGCUGAUUUCUUCAAUCCUCCAAAAAGUGCGGUCUACUUAAGACACAUCCGAUCUAUGUGGCCGUCAAUAUUUUAUUUGUUCGGAGGUCGACUGCUCAAGAAACAGCUGGAGUUCUUCCACAACCUGAUUACUUCUGUAAUGGCUAGCCGAGACUAUAAGUUUACAGGAAGGAAUGAUUUUGUCGAUCUCAUAAUGGGCUGGAAGCAAAACCAUCAAAUCACAGGAGACAGUAUAAGUAACAUAAAAAGUCAUGAACAUAAGAAAGUGACUUUAGAGGUUAACGACGACUUGUUAGUUGCUCAGUGCUUCGUGUUCUUUGCUGCUGGAUUUGAAACAUCAUCAAGCACUCUGAGUUACACUCUGUAUGAGUUAGCCAAGAACCAGGACAUACAAGACAAAGUGUUAGCAGAGGUGGACGCAUAUUUAGUACGCCAUGAGAACAAACUGAAAUACGAUUGUAUUACUGAUCUGCCGUACUUGGAUGCUGUGUUAGAUGAAACCCUCCGUUACUAUCCCCUGCUUGGUAUGAUCCCGCGGGAGUUGAUGGAAGAUUACGUGAUGCCCAAUGGUGUGAAGUUAGAGAAGCACUUGCGUGUGCAUCUGCCUGUGUAUUAUCUUCAUCACAACCCGGAGUACUUCCCCGAGCCUCACGUGUUCCGCCCGGAGCGGUUCUAUGGCGAAGAGAAGAAGAAGGUGAAUCAGUACGCUUACCUGCCUUUUGGAGAAGGACCUAGAACAUGUAUAGGAAAUCGUUUCGCGAAGAUGCAAAUGAUAGCCGGUCUUAUCACGAUGCUGAAGAAAUACCGUCUAGAACUAGCUGACAACAUGCCCAGGACUGUCACGUUCAAGGCACAGAGCUUCCUCACACACCCUGAAGGUGGAAUCUAUGUGAAAUUCAUCGAAAGAGAAGGAUGGGAGAACAGAGUGUUUGUGAAGUGAGAUUGAGAGAGAGUAUAAGGUGUCACACACUUCCAUAU